UCUCUCUCUCUCUCUCUCUCGCGGCUGAGAAAAAAAUGCAGAGCUCUGCAUUUACUCUCUCUCCCACGACGCCAUGUCUCAAUACCAGAAAACUUCUGAAUCGGAGCUCGUACCUUAGAUUUAAUCCGAUUUCGCUCUCUUCUUCUAAGAGAUCGUUUGAUCUCACUCCAAUCCAUGGCAGCUCUGGAUCUUCCGCUCACAAGUUGUCGCCACUUUGUUCUUCGUCGCGUUUCAGUAGCUGGAUUUCUGCUCCACCUCUCGUCUCAGAUGGAGGGAAGAAGAACUUUGAAGUGGAGGCUACCUCGAUUCCUGAGAGUGCUGGCGAGAGCGCGAAAUCGAGCAAUUUGAUCCGAACGUUGCAGCUCGGACUUUUGUUCGGGCUCUGGUAUCUUUUCAACAUCUACUUCAACAUUUAUAACAAACAGGUUCUGAAGGUUUUUCCGUUCCCAGUAACUGUCACCACGUUUCAAUUCUUUACGGGGACUGUGCUUGUCAUUUUAAUGUGGACACUUAAUCUCUACAAGAGACCUAAAAUCAGUAGUUCCCAGCUUGUAGCAAUCCUACCUUUGGCCUUGGUGCACUCAUUGGGAAACCUUUUCACCAACAUGAGUCUUGGAAAAGUUGCUGUAUCUUUCACACACACAAUCAAAGCUAUGGAGCCAUUUUUCUCAGUUCUUCUCUCCGUUUUGUUUCUUGGGGAGAGGCCCACUAUCUGGGUUGUGUCUUCUCUUGUACCAAUUGUUGGUGGUGUAGCAUUGGCAUCUCUAACAGAAGCCUCUUUUAAUUGGGCUGGGUUUUGGAGUGCAAUGGCUUCCAACCUGACUCUCCAAUCUCGUAAUGUCCUCAGCAAAAAGGUCAUGGUUAAGAAAGAGGAGUCCAUGGACAACAUAACUCUUUUCUCAAUAAUAACGAUCAUGUCAUUUAUCCUGUGUUUCCCACUGACUCUCUUCAUGGAAGGUGUCAAGUUUACUCCCGCAUACAUGCAGGCUGCAGGCUUGAACGUUAAAGAGGUAUGCGUGAGGUCUCUAGUUGCUGCCCUCUGUUACCAUGCUUAUCAGCAGGUUUCUUAUAUGAUACUACAGAGGGUGUCCCCUGUUACCCAUUCUGUGGGCAACUGUGUGAAGCGGGUUGUGGUCAUUGUGACGUCAGUUCUCUUCUUCAAAACCCCAGUCUCUCCCAUCAAUUCUCUUGGAACUGGGCUGGCUCUUGCUGGAGUCUUCUUGUACUCUAGGGUGAAGCGGAUAAAGCCAAAGCAGAAGACAGCAUAAAUUAUAGGAGAGAGUGUCUGUUACUUCUACAAUCAGGAACAAAAUCCUCCAUCAUAGUGUGUAUUAAGUUUAGGUAGGUCAAGUUAAAAAAACUGUUUUUGUUUUCAUGAUUAUAUUCUUUUGCUACUUCUCUUAAAAUUUUCUCGACAAGCUGGAUCUGAAGCUACAAAAAGAGUGUUUGCUUUAUUUUGGCAUGAGUAAUUCUUGACUGAUUUCUUUAAGUGAAGCAGGAGAUGAUCUACCGAC